AAUUGGUAAAAUAAUCCGAGGUGUGUUGCUCGUAUUAGGCCCCACCUAAUUCGUUGGAACGUUGACUUGUAUGUAUAAAUGGUUUAUUAGGAAAGCAAAAAGCACACUCCUUAGUACAGUAUACGGGCGUAUACUGUACAAAGGAGUGUGCGCCUCGUACAAUAUAGGCGAGAAAGUCAGAACGUAAAGAAAAACAUGGUUUAAUAUAAACAGUGACGUAAUAUAUGCAAUGGUCUCACAGAGCGGCAUGAUAAGGUAGUGACUGUAUGAAAAUAUAUUUCCUGGAAAGGAAAUACUUCUUUUAUAUAAUCACGCAGUAGUACACUGACGCUGCAGUAUCUCUGUCCAUUUCAGGUCCCGUGAUCUAACAGCUCGUAAUUUGCGUAUUUAUUUACGUGAUCGUUCCCAGCAUACUCCUUAUAAUUUGCGAUGUAACGCGCGUACGCCGGCUAUGUCAACUAACAGUAUAUAUACAGAUGUAUCAUCCUUACACUAUCAUGUUACUUGUUCCAUAUUGAAAAAAAUGACAGCAUCGGGUGCAACAACAAUUCAAGUAAAUAACGGUGAGACGCUUUUUUAUGAAGAAGUAGAGAAGUAUAUUAAUUCAUUAAGUGAAAAUUUUCAGAAAAAAAGUGUAAUUAAAGAAAAAGUAUAUGACGAUAUUGUUAAAUGUUUAUUAUUACCGAAAGGUGAGCCAUCAGACUUGUAUUCUUCAAAAUUUAUUUAUUGGAUAAAACAUAAUUUCAUUUUGAUGAAAAUUGUCGGUAUUGAUAUUGCUUGUUGCGUUAAAUCUAAAAAGCCAAUUUGUAUUUAUGAAGCAUUUUAUAACGUAAUAAGUGAAGGACAUGUUGCUGUUUCACGUGGAGGUCGUCAUAAAACAGUUUCUGAACUUAAUUCUCAUUAUUCAUGGAUACCACGAUUUUGUGUUGAAAUAUUUUUAAAACAAUGUAUACCGUGUCAAACAAGAAAGCCGAUUAAACAACAUAUCGUUUCAAAACCAAUAAUAUCAUUAGGUGUGAUGACAAGGCUACAAAUUGAUCUGAUUGACAUGAGAACCAGACCAGACACAAUAGUUCCCGAUAUCGUUUAUAAUUGGAUUUUAAACUGUAUCGACCAUUUCAGUAAAUUUUCUUGGGCAUUUCCGUUGAAAAAUAAAUGUGCUAAUGAUGUUGCAAUGAAAUUACGUGAGUUGUUUUUUGUUUUUGGACUACCACGAUUGCUUCACAGUGAUAACGGACGUGAGUUUGUUGCUAAUGUGAUAAUUGAAUUGAAGAAAUUGUUUCCAGAUUUGGUUUUUGUCAGAGGUCGACCACGUCAUCCACAAAGUCAAGGAUGUAUUGAAAGGGCCAAUGGAGUUUUAUGUGAUGCACUCGGAAAAUGGAUGUCAAAAACGUAUUCAGAUGUCUGGAAACUGGUUGGACAAAAUGGAAUUGAUGAUGAAGAAGAUUUACCAACACCAGUAGCUGAAUCAGAUAACGAGAUAGUGGAUAAUAAAAAAGAUGAUACAAUUAAUUCUGCUAAUGUUAUUGAUAGUGAUGUGGUUAAAAUUAUUGAAAAAUUGUCUGAUGAUGUUGUUUCUGUCGAUUUUACAAUUACAAAUACUGUUGAUCCAAAUGCGCCAUCUAAUUUAAAUAAGAACAAUUUACGUGAUUUAAUUGAGGAAGUUGAAUUAAUGUUAAACGGUUCUGAUACCGAUCAUCAUGCUUCUUCAUCUAACAGUCGUAUACAG